CAUAAAUACCCUUAACCUAUUGUUAGGAGCGGUGUUCAAUCUAUAUCUAUCACUGAUCCCACUACUCCUGCUGCUCUUUUAAGGCUUAUGUUUCAUGACUGUCAAGUUCAGGGGUGUGAUGCUUCCAUUCUGGUGGAUUCAGAGAGUAAUAAUUACAAAUCAGAGAUUAGAUCAAGCAGAAACAUGGGAAUAAGAAAGAGAGAAGCAGUGAAUUUGCUUAAGUCUGUGGUGGAAGUACAAUGUCCACAGCGAGUAUCAUGUGCUGACAUUCUAAUUUUGGCAGCACGUGAAGCUGUUUUCAGUUCUGGUGGUCCGAGAAUAGAUGUUCCUUUGGGUCGCAGGGAUUCUUCAAAUCCAACAAAUUCAGCCUUAGCAGAUUCCUCACUUCCUCCUUCAAAUGUGGGAGUCGAUGACAUGCUUCGUCUUUUCGAACAAAUAGGACUUUCCCUUGAAGAAUCUGUUGCCAUCAUUGGGGCUCACACACUAGGAGUAGCACACUGCUUCAACAUUGAAAGCAGGCUAUAUGAUGACCCAAAAAGUGAACACGGAAGCGCGUUUGAGAUGUACCUAAAAUUGCGCUGUCCACAAGGUUCUUUAACCUCAAACAUUAGCGUUGUGCUUAAUGAACCUACAACACUUACAUUUGACAACCACUACUUCAUCAAUACCAUUAAUGGCCGGGGAGUUUUGACGAUUGAUGCUGAAAUCCCUUUCGAUCCUCGUACUGUUCCCUUUGUACAACGCUUUGCAGCUGAUCAAGACGCGUUCUUUCAGACUUUCUCGUCUGCUUUUGUCAAGCUUUCUACUUCUGGGGUUCUCACUGGUUCUCAAGGCAUGAUCAGAAGAAGCUGUAAUGCAUUGAAUUGAGAAAGUAUUGAUUUGGUCUACAUGGUGCGGCAUUACGCUGUUUCUAUGUUGCUCGAUCCUCCAAAUAUGUAUUACUUUUCGAGGAUUUGAGCAACAUAACACUAUUUUGGCCAGUGAAAUAAAUUUUUUAGGAUUAUGUAUUUCUUAAAGAGAAUAAGUUAGUAGCUGAAGCCCGCAUCUAUACUAGUUGCAUAGAAUAAUUUAUAGAUGGCUUGUAGUUUGAUGGAAAGAAUAAAGUAUUUGUAUUGUCUCUUAGAAAAGUUAUUUAAGGCCAUUUUGAUUUA